AUGACAUCUACACAAUUCUGCGACACUCCAUUAUGGAACCAGACGGAAUUUCUGACGUCAUCAUGGCCCAAGUUCACCCAGUGUUUCCAAGACACGGUUUUAAUCUGGGUACCGUGUGCUGUUUUUGGCAUAUAUGCACCUUUCCAUGUCAUCAGUCUACGUCAGAGUAAACCAGUUCAACCCCUGCCAAUCACGGCUUUAAAUGCUGGAAAACUUUUUUGCCAAACAACAAUGGCCGUUUUGUUAUUGGUGUCACUUCUGCAACGGGCUAAUCGUCAUCGGGAGGGGGUACCUACAUGUGCUGCCACCUAUGUUUCUGAUGUCAUCAAGCUGCUCACUUUUACAGUCUCUGCAGUUCUAGGCCAGUAUGAGCGACAGCGUGGUGUGACUGCUUCCAUUCUGCAGUUUGCAUUCUGGACUUUCAUGUCAGUGGCUUUGAUCAUCCCUGCCUAUACUCUAGCCAUGGAGCAGAAAUACCAGGAGGAUUUUGUCGGGUUCGUCCUGUUUUACCUCGUGUUCCUUCUGGUCCUCACUUGCCUUUUCCUCAACUGCUGGUCAGAACAUCCGGGAACCUCAGCCAGCAAAAGGGGCUACAACUCUUUAGAUUCGUGUCCGUUACUGGAAGCCUCGGCCCUGUCUCAUGUGUUCUACUAUUGGAUUUUCAAGCUUCUCCGAAUCGGAUUCAAGCGAGACAUUGUGGAGUCUGACCUUUGGCCGCUGCCCCCAGACAUGACCUGUGACUCUCACAUGCCCACAUUUGAGCAGCUGUGGAAAAAUGAAGUUCAAAGAUGCAACAAGGAUAAUAGGUCUCAGUAUUCCAAGUUUCUGGACCAAACAAGCCAAGAGGAGAAGCUGAAGGCACCAGAACCAUCUUUGAUGCUAAUUCUGUGGAAACAGUUUUGUCUGCUGAUUUAUUACAUGGAAAACCAUGCCCCAGGUACCCAGUGGCAGGGCUAUGGGGUUUGUCUACUCAUGCUGCUGACAGGUCAGUUCAGAAUCGCUCUCUUCAAUGCCUCCAUGAUGAGAGCUUUCCAAGUUGGCAUGAGAAUGAAGUCAGUGUUGACCACAGCAAUCUACAACAAGGCCAUGAGAAUCAACAAUGAAGCAAAGAGGAAAUCAACAGUUGGUGAUAUUGUCAAUCUGAUGUCUGUGGAUGCUCAGCGGGUACAAGAGUUUCUCCUAAAAGUGUCUUUUGGUCACACCGCCCCGUUCCAGAUUGUUGUAUCCCUGCUGGUCAUUUAUACUCAAAUUGGCCCAUCUGUUUUUGUAGGUUUCAUUGUACUGGUUAUAUUAAUGCCAGUUAGCAUCUGGAUUGCUGGCAAGCAAAGUAAGCUACUUGAGAUGAACCUACAGUUCAAAGACACAAGGCUGCGGAUAAUGAAUGAAAUUCUGAAUGGAAUUAAAGCUCUCAAGUUAUAUGCCUGGGAGCAGUCCUUUCAUGAUCGGGUCCAAAAGGUCAGAGAGCAGGAAAUUGGGACACUUCUGCAAAUAGCCAUGUUGUAUGUGGUGACUGGAGUCAUGUGGAGUCUUGUUGGUUUUCUGGUAACUUUAGCCAUAUUUGCGACCUUCACCUUGACUGAUCGUGCUAAUUACCUUGACCCAGGAAAUGCAUUUAUGACCUUAUCAUUUAUAAGUAUUCUGAGAAUGCCACUGGACAUGUUGUCAUCACUGAUUUCAAUGGCUGCCCAGGCGUAUGUGUCGGCAAAAAGAAUAAAUGAAUUUCUUCUGUACGAGGAGAUAGACAAAGACACUGUUCUCAAGUUGACAGAUUCAGAGUUUGCCGUCAGCUUCAAGGACGCUGACCUGUCCUGGGACACCACAUCACCAGCCACACUCAAGAACAUCAACCUGCAGAUCCCAGAAGGGAAGUUAGUGGCUGUUGUUGGACCUGUAGGAGCUGGCAAGUCUUCCCUCAUUUCUUCCAUCUUAGGUGACAUGGAGAAAAGGGCAGGAAUUGUGGCUGUGAAGGGCAGCUUGGCCUAUGUACCUCAGCAAGCAUGGAUACAGAACGCCACAGUUAGAGACAAUAUUCUCUUUGGCAAGACAUUCAGGCAGAAGAAAUACAAGACUGUCUUGUCUGCUUGUGAGCUGGAGAGAGAUCUGACAAUACUCAGUGCAGGAGACCAGACAGAGAUUGGAGAAAAGGGCAUAAAUUUAUCUGGAGGACAAAAACAGCGUGUAUCAGUUGCCAGGGCAGUCUACCAGGACUGUGAUCUCUACCUUCUGGAUGACCCCCUGAGUGCUGUCGAUGCCCAUGUUGGUCGAGCCAUGUUUGACAAAGUCUUUGGUCCCAGAGGGCUGCUAAAAAGCAAGACUCGGAUCUUGGUAACCCACGCAGUUCAUUUCCUGCCCCAAGUUGAUUUGAUUGUUGUCAUGGAUGAGGGGCAGAUAAGUGAGUUGGGAACAUAUGAAGAGUUGCUUGAUCAUGACGGGGCUUUUGCGGAAUUCCUAAAGAUGUACCUGACACAGGAGCAACUUGAAGGCUGUCAAGAAGAGGAGGAUCCAGAAAUUGCUGCUAUCAAGGACAGCAUGUGGGGGAGAAUCGAGAUGUUGACCUCAGAUGCUGCUACCUCUGGGGAUGAAACUACCACUGGAAGAAGGAGGAGGCAGUACAGCUUAACUGUGUCCAGAAGAGAGGAAAAGGACACAAAGAAGGACAUACUGGUAAAGGAACAGGGACGGUUGAUUGGUACAGAGUCUGUAGCUUUAGGACGGGUCCCACUCAGUGUUUAUUUUAAAUAUCUGAAAGCUGGAGGGUUGUAUCAUCUUUUUGCUGCCCUUUUGAUAUUUUGGAGUUUUCAAGCAACCAGUGUAGGCACAAACUUUUGGUUGACAAAUUGGACUGAAGAUGACUACCUGGCCAAUAGAACCAACCCCAUUGACAACUUGGCUGAUGUGAGUGACAACUACCUGGCCAUCUAUGGCAUCCUGGGCAUAGUUCAGCUUGUUUUGCUGAUUGGAUUUUAUUACUUGUUUUGGACAAGGAUGGUGAUGGCAGGAAGAAAUCUGCACUCUGAAAUGACAUCAAGGAUUUUCAGAGCACCAAUGUCUUUCUUUGAUACAACUCCUAUUGGUCGUAUUAUCAACCGAUGCUCAAGAGACAUUGAAAUUGUAGACAACUUCCUGCCAAUUAUUUCUCGUGACUUUAUGAAUGCAUUCGGUUCGAAUUUGAUGACAAUCAUAGUUAUCAUGAUUGAGACACCAAUUUUUGGAGCUGUGCUGAUUCCAGUCCUUGCCUUCUUCUACUUUGUUCUG